UUUUGUUUUUCCUCUGAAAACUGAACGCCUUUUUUUCCGCGCAUGGCUAAAUCUUCCCCCAAGAUCUCCGUGGAAAAGGUCUUCCUCUCAGCAUCUCACCGUCACCAUGAUAUAUGUGGAGCGAUCGCGCCAGAAGGUGAAACAAGAGGGAUUUGAUUCAACAUGAGUGCAAGCGCUCGGUGUCGAUGGAGUCUCUGAACGCACUGGAGCUCCGUGAACUGGGGAAUGGGAGCAGGCGGGAUCCUCAUCAGGCCUCGUCAGGACCGCGGACAGCGGCCACCGGCAUCGAAAACGCCUCGUUCGAAGAUGAGGAAUCGGGAACGAGAAUUCGAAUUACCUCCAGAACGUCUCGACCCGCAUCGUUGCUUACUCAUAGGGAAGUGCCGUCACCGCGUUCCGACGACGAACAUGGGCUCGAGUAUCACGACCAUUCCGUGGAUUACGGGUUCAUAUUCGCGCUGGUGUUCCUCGUGAGCGGAAUCGUGUUAGUGGUAAUCGCCUAUACAAUUCCCAGAGAGGCUAAAGUCAAUCCGGACCAAGUGACAGCGCGCCAAAUGGAGAAACUGGAGAUGUACUAUGCACAACUCGGUUCUCACCUCGACAAAUGCAUUAUUGCCGGACUUGGUUUGCUUACUAUGGGAGGAAUGUUGUUAUCUAUUUUGUUAAUGGUCUCUAUAUGCAAAGGUGAACUGUACCGACGGAGGACUUUCGCCAGAAGACCCAUGAAAUCGUAUGGAUCUAUUAAUAUGAGAAUGAAGCAGUUGGCUGAGGGGGAAGGGCGGGAAACGCUCGUGGAAUGUGAACCAAACGUCACCGCGGACGCUGCCAACGGUAAUCGAGUUCCUGCUGGAACGCAAAACACGAAGCAGAACCGAACCACAAAUGUCAACUAAAGCUGCAUUGCUAUGGAGUUAUACUUGUGCCACAAUUCUGCACACACAAAAUUAUAUUUUGACCGUACGAAAUCUUUUCUGCGUGCACAAGAUUAUAUUUUGAGCAUGCAAAAAGGUAUUUUGCACGCAGAGUGGGAAGGAGGAGAAAGCAAAAUCUAAGAAUCCUGAGCAAAUUCACAUUCAAAUAAAUUUUAUUCAAGUGCAAAAUUGCAAAAAUACAAUUUUGUUUGCUCAAAAUGAAUUCAUCGUUGCAAGAAGAUACAUUGCUUUACA